AACGCCAAGCAACGUCACCUUUGUAUUGCCUCUGUGUUUUCUGUAUAUCUUCCCAACUUCCCAAUCAUUUCUUCAUUUUUUCUCAUCGGAUCCAAUUUUUUCUUCAGAACCCAGAUAUUAAACCCAAAACCCAUUUUUCAGAUUUUUUUUUAUCCAUUUCCGUGCCCAAAUAAGCAAAAACUGUUUCAUUUUUCGAUUUUAUUUUUCAAUUUUUGUUGAGAUUUGCGGGUAUAACUCUUGAGAGUCAUUUUCUUGGGUUGAUUUAUAUAAAACCCAGUGUGUGAUUGAUGAGAUUGUUAAUUUAUUAAAUUGUAAUCUAAAAAUGAAGGGAGAGUUGUGUGAAGAUUGUUGGUUUUGGUGGAGGGAUUAAACUAUGGUGGCCUGACCAAUAUUAGAAAGGUACAUUCCUGCAUUUUGUAGAAAGUAAAGUGUACACAGUGCCUGUAUAGAUUAUAUCAAGAACACCUGGCAGGAAUGGAAGCUACACCUACACCAAGUGUUAUAGCAAAACUGAUGGGUCUUGAUGACUCGCCACCUCAGGCGCCUGUCCAAAAACAAAGAAGAGUGCUGUCUGAGAAUUACCUACGCAGAGUUGCUUCCAUUGGUGCCAGAGAGUCUCGCCAUUCAUUCAAGUUGAGAGUACCUGAAGUGACGGAUUAUGGGGGAAGUUUUUUGAUCGGCGAGCAUCUGCAUAAUCCGCAAGUUUCCCCUUUAACAAGUUUCCCCUGCAAGCUACAAAAUGCCACUUUGCUUGAAACAUUUGAGAAUGGAAUUGUCACAGAAUCCCUUGGAGAAGUUGGACUCAUAAAUUUAGAUGAUUUUUCAAGAUCGCAAUUGGGGUCAAACAAAGAAGGACGCAUUCCCGGUAGUAGAAUUGUUGUUGUGAAACCAAAGCAUGGAAAGGCCGAGAAUUCUGCGAGAUGUUUCCCUUCUUUGAGUUCCCUUGAUGUUUCUCAUUCCAGUGAUCAAAGGUGCGUGGAGUUUUCUAGUCCUAGUAGUGGGAAAAUACAUGUUGAAGUAAAAGAAAGAAAGAACUUGGCAUUUGACAUGGAACCAGUAAGCUUAAGGUCUACAGUUUUGAGGGAUAUAUUGGGGAAGCUAACUGAAAAUACAAGUUGCAACAAAGCCAACAUUGAUACAAAGGUAUCACAGUUAGGAUCCAGGGGUGGUGACUCAGUUGCAAUGAAAACUGAAUCGAUGAGGUUGUCCUUUUCUUAUUCAGAUGGGUCAUAUGGAUCCCAGGAAGCCAAAAAGCAACUCUCAGAACGACGGAAGAUGACUAAUAAGCUGGAAGAAGUAGGAAUGGCUUGUAAAGGCACUACCCUCGGGAAUUUGCUUGCCAUGUCUGCCCAUGAAACAGGCUCAAGAACAUUGGGUCACAAGCUUUUUAGGCAUCAUCAAUCAAAAAGACAGCUCGUAAGGGUUGACCUGAAAGACCUAGACCUCAGUAAGUUUAGAACACAGCAAGAUAAAUAUGCAGCUCUUUGCAAUGAAUGGAGUUUCAAGCCAAAAGGGUCUAUUAAUUUGGGGCAGCACAAGUCAAUGGAGUACAAAUUCAACCAGAAUGAUGGUUUCGGCCCUGUAAAGUUGAGAUCCAACCGCAAGAAACUCCAAUCUUAUCCUAGCCUAGGAGGUGUUCAAACCAUGGAAAAGACUCCCGGGAAUUUCAAGAAGUGGCAAUCUGGACGCAGAACCUGCAUCUUUGUAGACAAAAAUGACGAUUCUUCCAGUCAUGGAACAGAUGCUUCAGUUCAGCAGGAAACAUCCACUGAAUGCUACAAAGAAAGUCCAUUUCUUUUGCACUGCUCCACCACAGAGUCAGAUUCUAUGACGAGCUUGGAGGAGGCUUAUCAGCCUAGCCCAGUUUCAGUUCUGGAACCACUAUAUAGUGGAGAGCGAUCGGCUACACCAGAAUUCCUGCAAAGUAUGAGUGUUGACAUCACCGACGACUCUGAUGCAUACUCGGAAGGAUAUGGAAUGAUUGUUUCAAGUGAUGAUGGUUGUGAUAUUAAUGAAGGAUCUGCAAGCAGUUACAGAGAAAAUGAAGAUUCAAUGAGAUUUUUCAGAGUUGAAGAAAGCAGAGACUAUUCCUACCUUGUUGAUGUGUUAUCGGAGAUAGGUUUUUAUGUUAGGAACUCGAUAAUGGACUUAGAUACCUGGUGCCCUCCAGAAUGGCCGGUAAGCAUUUUUGUCUUUGAGACCCUGGAGAAGAAGUUUGGCGAUCAGGCUUCAUGGAAAAGGUCGGACAGGAGGCUUUUGUUUGACCGUAUAAAUGCAGGGCUGAUGGAGAUUUUCGAGCCUUGUCUGGGUGUUCCCGUGUGGACAAAGCCUGUGUCUAGAAGGAUUAGAUCCACGUCAAGCGAGGAGAUGAUAGAGGAAGAUCUGUGGAUGUUGCUUGUUAGCCAAGAGAAGGAAACAGGAAAGGACUCCACCAAAAAGGUGCUAGGAAGGGAGAUUGAGUUAGAUUUAGGAGAUGAUAUUGAUGGUAUUGGUAGAGAAAUUGAGAGAUUUUUGUUCGAUAAGCUCGUAGCGGAGUUUGUUAGCUUGGAGAGUUUGUAAGAAACUAGUGAUUGUUGUCUUGGUAGAGUAAUUUUGUGAACAAGUUAGACAAAGGUACUUUUAUGUAGAUGUGGCCACAGUUUUGAUCAAGUGAUAGGGUUUGCAAAUGAUAUAUGUAUAGACUCAAUUUUUAUACAUGAUGAAUGAAAUUCAGAUGUGUUGGAAUUUGAUA